GCGCAGCAUUGGCUUGUAAUUGCAAUGCAUCUUGUCUUCUUGGUACUCCUAACUUGAAUUUUCCCCCCGAGAAACCUACUUAUCAGUCCCUUCCUUGCAACACUCUCCUCCCUGGAAAACCCUAAAAAGAAUCCAAAAAGAAAAUGCAAAAAUGCAAAUCACAGAGGAGCAAAGACAGAGAGCUGAAGCCAACAGAUUAGCAGCCUUAGAAAAGAGAAAAGCAUACAUCAUCAAUCAGCAGCAGCAGCCGCCGCCGCAAAACCCAUGGAGACUUUUCAAGUGCCGAAAGCUCUCUCCCAAACCGUCCUCCAGUAAAACCACCACAAACCCGCCCCUUUUUAACCGUGUCAACCCGGAUUUAGAUACCCAUUUGCCCCAAACUUUCCGGGUCCGCCUCGAAAUUUGCUCGCCUGACUCUUUCUCUAUCACCCCAGAGGCUGUGAAGGGGUUCCCCUAUCCUGGGGAAGAAAAAUGUUUAAAUACUUUAAAGUCUCGCUUAUCCAAUGCAAUGGAAUCUCGUUAUACACAAAUUAAUGGAGGUGGAAGGGCCUGUGUGUAUAAUAUCAGAGACUAUGAUGUAGUUUUGACGUGUUUAAAGAAUUGCAAGGGAAUCGAAAUCGAAAAGAUCCCUUUCACCACACUUAAUAUUAUCCAAAGACUUUCAAAGUCUUUCGAUGCUAGUCGAUGGGAACCCUGCAGGCCUGAACAUUUCACUGAUGAAAAGGUGGAUGAAUUCAUUCGGAUGCUGCCGAGAAAGCUCUUGGAUGCACUCUUACCUUUCCAGCUUGAUGGCUUAAGAUUUGGUUUGAGAAGGGGUGGUCGGUGUCUUAUUGCGGAUGAAAUGGGCCUUGGUAAAACACUUCAGGCAAUUGCUAUUGCUGGCUGUUUCAUAAAUGAAGGCCCCAUCCUUGUUGUUUGCCCAGCUAUUUUGAGGUUUUCUUGGGCAGAAGAGUUAGAGCGAUGGAUGCCCUUUUGUUUACCCUCUGAGAUCCACCUUGUUUUUGGUCAUCGCAAUAAUCCCAUGCAUCUAACAAGAUGCCCAAAAGUUGUGGUUAUCUCUUACACAAUGCUUCAUCACUUGCGGAAGACCAUGCUUGAGCAAGAAUGGGCUCUCUUGAUAGUGGAUGAAUCUCACCAUGUUCGUUGUUCAAAAAAUAAGUCAGAGCCAAAUGAGAUAAAAGCAGUUCUAGAUGUGGCAGAAAAGGUCAAGCGCAUAGUUCUUCUGUCUGGGACACCUUCUCUGUCCAGGCCAUUUGACAUUUUUCAUCAGAUAAACAUGUUAUGGCCUGGUUUGCUGGGGCAGAACAAGUAUGAUUUUGCGAAAACUUACUGUGCUGUCAGAGUUGUCCACACUUAUGAAGGAAAAAGUUUUCAGGAUUUCUCGAAGGGCAUUCGUUUGGAGGAACUGAAUGUGUUGCUUAGGCAAACUGUUAUGAUACGACGUUUGAAGGAGCAUGUACUGAAACAAUUACCCCCAAAACGUCGGCAAAUAAUAAGACUGCUGUUGAAAAGAUCAGAUAUAAUUUCAGCAAAGGCUGCGUGUAGGGGGUUGGUGAAUCAUGAUGCCUCUGAAAGAAAUGCUGCUGAAGUGCUAAAUUCAGAGAACAUAGAUAGAUCUGAUGAAAGUGGGGGUUGUUGCAGAUCCAAGAAACUCUCCUACCAAGAGCUUGGCAUUGCAAAAUUGUCUGGGUUUUGUGAAUGGCUUUCCAUUCAUCCUCUCAUUUCAGAGUCAGAUGGUGUAGCAAAAUUGGAUGUAAACCAUAGUUCUCAGAAAAUGAUAAUUUUUGCUCAUCACCUAAAAGUUCUUGAUGGAGUUCAGGAAUUUGUACACGAGAAAGGGGUUGGUUUUGUCCGCAUUGAUGGAAACACUCUUGCCAGUGAUAGGCAAAACGCUGUAUUGUCAUUUCAAUCAUCAAAUAAGGUUAAGAUUGCAAUAAUCGGUAUAACUGCUGGGGGUGUCGGACUUGAUUUCUCCUCGGCACAAAAUGUUGUCUUCUUGGAGCUGCCUCAGUCUCCAUCAUUAAUGCUUCAGGCUGAGGACAGAGCUCACAGGCGAGGGCAAUCAAAUGCAGUUAACAUUUACAUCUUCUGUGCUAAGGACACCAUGGACGAAACAUGUUGGCAAAAUUUAAACAAGAGUUUGCAUCGUGUCUCGUCUAUUACGGAUGGAAAAUAUGAUGCAGUUCCAGAAAUUUUGGUUGAAAGAAUUUCUUAUUUUGGAAAAUCUGACAAAGGGAUUAGGAGAGGUUCUGAAGUUCAAGUUAAGUUGCCAGACUCUGGCUCAGUGUGGGAUUCACAGCCAUUCAAAACAGAUGAUGAAGAGAAUGUAAUGUUGAUUGGAAGCACAUUUCAAACAGAUGAUCUUAAUCCUGGGGCUGUUAUGGUCUUGGAUAAUGUAACAGACAAGGAUUCUGUAGCCAAUAAAAACCUAGAAGGGAUUUCAGAAAUUGAGAUUAGAAGUUCUAGCAGAGUUUCUUCUUCUGAGUCAUCAGAGGGACAUGAAGGCAAUGAUCAAUCAGAGAAGGAAAAUAAACUUUGUGUCCAAACAACAGAAACCAAUGACAGUGAACUUGCUCAGCAAAAUGAAGCUGAUGAAUGCUGGUCUAAUGAAGUAUAUUCUCUACGCUUUGAGGUAAGUAAAUAUACUGGAAGGAUUCACCUAUAUUCCUGCAUUCUGGGGAAAGACUCAAGACCACAGCCACUUUAUGAGAAUUUCCAACCAGAAGAACUCGAGUCACUUAAUUUACUAGCAGCUAAUGAUAGCAAGGAAACAGACUUUAAAUUUCUCAAGGGAAAUCCAGUUUCCAGGCAUGCUCUUCUUUCAUUUAUUAAAGAGUGGAAUGCACUAAGGCCUAUUGAAAGAAGGAAAUUACGUGGAAAGACUUUGCAACUUCCUCUACGUGUUGAGUUGUGCUACUUAAAUGAAAGCACUAACCACAAAAUUGGGGGACUGCUGAAGGGUGGAAGCAAGCGACGCCUUACUCCAUUGGGUGAGAUCAGCCAUCCUUUACCAUCCAAUGCCAUUUUGAAAAAGGUACAUCUGUCAAGUAGCUAUGGCCAAAAGGAAAAGCAAUACACUCAGGGCUGGACCUUGAUGGAUGAGCCACUCUGUAAACUCUGUCAAAUGCCAUGCAAGGGCAGCAAUGCAAAAACACCUGUGUAUUUUGAGGAUUUAUUCUGCAAUCUCAUCUGCUGUGAAGAAUAUCGCUUAAGAACUAGUAGCAGAUCCCUCCGGCAGGAACUUUUUGAAAUAGAACAUGGUGUCUGCACAAUUUGCCUGUUAGACUGUCAUAAACUUGUGAGGACCAUCAAACCUUUAUCAUUAGAGAGACGACGGGAGUAUAUUGAGGAAGUAGCGCCAAAUGUGGCAAGUCAGAAGAAAUUGCUUGAUAAGCUUGCCAAUGAUCCAUCUGAGGGCAAUGCAUGGCAUGCAGACCAUAUUGUUCCUGUUUACCGUGGUGGAGGUGAAUGCAAACUAGAGAAUAUGAGGACUCUUUGUGUGGCUUGCCAUUCCAAUGUUACUGCAGUUCAACGUGCUGAACGAUGCUCAGCUAGGGAAAAGGCUAGGAAGCAACUUGAAGUCAUCAUGAAUGACAUCAAAUGUAUGGAAGAGACUUCGACUUAUGUGAAGGGCCAAGGGCAUCCUCAAAUGCAAGAGGAGGAUUUAGUUGAUGACCUCUUAGUCAAGGUUCCUGGAAGUGCCUACUCUAGAGGACAAAGCACAGAUCCUGAAAGUGAAGAUAUGAAGAAGAGCUCUUAGAAAUCUAAUGAAGCAUCUGUCUUGACAAAAUGACCAGUCGUAGAGGGAAGACCGGAAGAAGCUGGCUCCGUGGUGCUAUAUAUUUUUUAAUAAAGUUCUUGGGAAGGUCUUGAAACCGUGUUUGGACAUGUUUUUAAAGUGUUCAGUUUAAAAAAAAUAUUAAAUUGAUAAUUUUUUUAAUGAUU